GCAACACUAAGUAGAGCAGACCAAGAGAGAUAAACAAUACUGUCUUCUUUGUCACAAUUCCAUAGGUAUGCCUUAUGUUCAUCUGGUGGUGUUUGUGCAUUUAACGGACAGCGUCUGGUGGGAUUGUUGAUGUUAAGUGUUUUGAAAUCCAUAUCCUUAUAUAUAUGUAACAAUGAGCAAAAGAAGACGGAGACACAGCAAGAGAAGGAAAAGCUCCAGCAGCACAAAAUCCAGCCACUCUCCGUUUCCAUUUCAAUGUCACCACAACGACACCACUAAUAAAGCUUGUGAAAAUGGAAAUGAUGGGGCUUUAGCUGAAAAGGGUGCAGCUGAUAUAUCGCAAAGAGAGGAUGUACUGGAAUCUGAUGAAUGUGGGGAAAAUGAACCCUGCUUCAGACAUGAAAGUAAAGGAAAUAGCCAAGAAACACCUGAUGCAGACUGUCAAACUGGAAAAGAAGAAGAUAAAAUCACACCACCCGCUGACAAAAAUGACAAAGUAGUGACAAUCACAACAAGAGUCAAAAUAAAUGAUCAAGAGGUGUCAGCUUUAAGAAGAAUAACAGUAAGGCAUCAUCCUGAUAAAGAUAAAUCUAACUUGUCAGUAACCACUACAAAAGUCAAAUGCACAAUUUCCAACAUUAAAGUGGAAGUAAAGGAAGUCUUGCAUUCGGCUGACCCAGAUUUCAAAGCUAUGUUUGUGGUUGAGUGCAAAGAAGGGAAGAGGAAGGAGACUUGCACUCACAGAGAAAGACAACUGGGUCGAUGUCAUAUUCCAAAUAAUGAAAACCCAUUGAGUCACUGCUCUUUUAACAUAAAUGGGAAUCCUACAAGUUUUAGCCAGGACAGCAGAAACCAUGUAUUUAAGAUGAGAAUCUCAGAAAUUGAUACAGACUUUAACAAGGUUAGACAGGAUUCCAUCAAGUGUGACAAGGACACAGGUUGUUGUAAAAGCUGUUGCAAAGACUGUAAAAACAAGUGCUGUAUUUGUAACCAGGAGCAAAGUGGCUGUUCCAAUGAUACAGACAACUCAGCAACUGAGAGGUCAAGCAGCCUUUAUCCUUUAUCAGACUGUAGCCUACUGUGGACAGAACACUCAUCUGACACACUAGGCACUGAUGUGGUUUCAGAUAUACCUCCACCUGAUGAGUUUGCAGAUAAAGAGUUCAAAUUAUUAGAUGAAAUCACAGAGGGCAUGUCCUUAUUUCAGAUAAACAAUGGAGAUAAGUCUGACACCCAGACUGAGACAGCCAGGAUCAUGGAUGAAUCCACUACCUCUGAUAGUACAAGAUACAUGUCUGGAAGGAAAGAGAGUAAUUUGUUUGGCAGUGAGCAGAGUGGUAAUGCAGAAGGUUAUAAUCCCAUGUUUAUGGGCCCCAAAAUGCCAAUGAGUAGAUCAAGCUUCACUAAAGAUUUCAUUCACAAACAUGAAGGGAAAACGUGGCUGAGAAAUAACAGUAUUGCCAUUUUGGAAAAAUCAAGUCCAAACUGUUACUUAGAAAAGCAACCCAAGAGAAGAAAGACGUUCCCGGGAACUGCCAGUGUUUUCCCCAGAAUGCGUGAAAGCUUGCCGUCCUAUAGAGAAUCUAUUUCUUCUGGAACUUUUCCACCCUUUUUUAUGAAGGCACUCCCUUUGGGCUCUGAAAGACCAGACAGGGUUCAUAUUGAACAUGGAGGGACUUAUCAUUUUUACGCAGAGCACAGAACGUCUUCAGAUACUGGAAGUGAUUGCAGGCCUGGCUCAUGCCACAUUAGUUAUUCAAGACCUCUCCUUUUAAACACUUCAGCUUCAGUUGGAAGCAAGCACCCCUUUUACCCGUCUGAAUCAGAGGAGAGUACAGACGAAGUCUACAAAGAUUUUCAACACAACCAGAAAGCAGUCGAAGAUACUUCUCUUCUGGCCUUAAAUUCACACAAUAAUGUAUGUACCAGUCCUGACACCAUUAAUGGGUAUUCCUCUGGAGAAAGCUACCAUGUUGGAUCUUUGGAACUUGCUGAGUUUGCUGAGAGUGGCUUUGAUGAGGAGAUGUUGGACAAUGAUAACCACAAUCUUGAGCUUUCUGGGGAAAUACCAAUUAUGAGCAAGGAUUUAAUGAUUCAAGUAACACCACCAUCAAGAAGUAUCUCCUAUGAGUAUAUUGACGAUAAAGAACAUGUCGGCAGUGGAGUAUUUGAUUCACUGAAUGAACUUGAGGGUAAUGUACAAAAUAAUGAUAUUGAUCUACAAAAGAUAUGUGAGCCAGGCCUUAGGCCAAAAAAAAGGAGAGGUUCGGUCAAGACUGUAAUUAUAGGAGAUUCAGAGAAAAGAUUAUUGAUUCAAAAUAACAACCCAUCUCCAGAUACAUCUGUUUCUGAGAAACAUCGGAGUGACUUUUUCACUUGUGUUUAUGACAAUCCUUCUGUAUCACCUAUUUUAGAUGUGGACGAGACUGAGCCAGAAGGAAGUGACCCACUGAAAUCAGAAUCCUCUUACCACAACUCUCUGUCGUUUGAUACAGGAGCUUUAGACCUCGUGUCUGGGGUAUUAGAUUCUGCAGAACUGUCUGAAGAUCAGCAGACACUUACUGAACACACAAACAGUGUAGAGACACAAGAGGUUCCACCCCAGAAAAGCACUGAACAGUGUGAAGAUAGUUCCGCAGAUCCAGAGAAAAUGGAAGCAGGGAAUAUGGAUAAAGUGUGUGAAAACAAGUCUGUAUUCGUCCUGUCAGAGGCAGAUGCCUGUCAGGAUGUGCAAACAAGUGGCUUCAUUUCAGAGUUGCAUGACAAAGCCAAUGACAAAAAAGAGAAGUUGCAGAAAACAGAUACACUUGAUGAAAAGCCAAGUGUCCCAAAAUUCCCAAAGGAGACAAAGACAGAGGCUAGAACCCACCUGAAGCUACCUUGUGACCAUGUACUGAAAGACACGCGACCUAAAGAGAGCAUCCCACAAGAGGAAUCAGAGCGCUGGGCAAAGAGACGCAUGCUGUUCAAGGACAGCAAACAGAGGAGCUCUGCUGGUGGCAGUUCAAACACAAGCAUCAUAACAGAAGAGUCAGUGAACUCAGAGGAGACUCGCUCUGUGGAUGUGGGCGUGCGGGAGAAUGAAGACAAGGGGUUUUAUACAGAAACCUUCCACUCAGCCUCCUGGAUCUACAGAGGAGAUGACAUCAGAGCAAAUGACAGCCCCAGGUGUCUGAGCAAGAGACCCCGACCAGUAGCAAUUCGAGAGAGGACUGUGAAAGUCAUCAAAGGUACAGGUGACUAUCCCUGGGGAUUCAGAAUUCAAUUUUCUAAACCAAUCUUGGUGACAGAAGUAGACACAAAUGGUCCUGCUGAGGAGGCAGGGCUGCUGAUGGGUGAUAUUGUAAUGAGUGUGAAUGGAACGGAUGUCACCAGCAUACCGCACUCUGAGGCAGCAGCUUUGGCCCGGCAAGGCCCGGAUACCCUCAUCUUAGUCAUAGGUUCAGACAUCAGCAAAUGCCUGAAUACUCCCAAACCAGCUUGCCGGGGAUACCUUCACAAACGCACCCAGUCAGGCUUCCUGAAGGGGUGGAGGAAGAGGUGGUUUGUGCUGAAGCAUGAUGGAUGCUUUUACUAUUACAAACACAAAAAAGAUGAAGGAAAGUGCAGGCCCCUUGAGGCACUGAAGUUAGAAGGUGCUGAAGUGGGGCCGGAUUUAAGCCUCGGCAAACCAUUUGUGUUCAAGUGCAGCCCCCUGUCUGGGAGUAGAGUUUUCUACUUUUGUGCUACAUCAAACCAGGAAAUGAAAAGAUGGCUCGAGGCAAUGGAGAGAGCAGUUCACCCUGUCACUCAGAAUCAUGUGUGGGUGGAUGUCUCUAGACACAAUGCCAGCCUCCCCCCGUUGGCUAUCAAAAAUCCUGAAUGUCUCGGUCUCCUUCACCAAAUGGACAAAAACAAGGACAUGUGGGUGCAACACUAUUGCAUAUUAAAAGACGGAUGUCUGUAUUUCUAUGCUGGCCUUCGUUCAACAUAUGCUCUUGGAGGGAUCUACUUACAUGGGUAUACAGUGAGUGAACAGUCCCUAGGCUCCCGCCGCUCUGUGAUUGAAGUUAAACCCCCUUCUGAAGAGUUUAAAACCUUCUACUUCAGUGCAGAGAAUGCAACUGAAAACAAACGCUGGAUUUCUGCAAUAAGCGCAUCAAUUAGCAAGUGGCUGCCUUUACACCAGGCUAUUCAAGACUUCAUGAACCGCCCUGCGGAGGAGACACGGAUGUGAAGACACCCACCCUGCAGAUUGACUCUUGUACUGUACAUUUGCCAACAAGCAGCUUUGUGUUUUUUAACUGUAUCAAGUGCACGCUAUUGUUUGAGAAUGUGGGUUUCUUGAAAGCCAUAGCAUUGGCCAAUAGGAUUAAGUAAGCUAUGUUAAGAUGUUGUGUUAGAAAAUGGAAAGUGAACAUCUGAACAUUGUGUUUAAUCAUUUGUGUAAUUGUUUAUCGUGCAGGUAAUAAUGUAUAAUUUAAAUGGACGGGUUAUCUAAAUAUUCGUGUGUUUAUAAGUAAAAGGCAUUGUAAUUCACUAUAUUGGUUUAUAAUUUCCAAUUUUUAUAUUUACAUAAUGUUUACACAUUUCUACGUGUGGUAGUCAGUAUAGUACAUAUAUAAAAAGUGAAUACAUACUUAGUACAGUACUUGAAAAUAAGUCGGAAUCUUAUUAUGCAAAUAUCCUUAACCCUAACUUUAUAUUUACUUUAGUUUUUAGUGACCCAUUGGCCAUUAUAUUUUUGUACAUAAACAAUGUAAAUAAAAGUAAUGUAAAUACCAAUAUCCAUUUACACUUUCUCAUUUCAAAAUAUGUUGAAUAAUAAAAGUACGACCCUGACCAUUUUGGAAACCAUUUAUGUCACUUUUUUUGUAGCAAAAAAUUACUUAAAAAACAGAGUUGUGGAAAUGUUAUGAGACAGCUGCUAAAAAUGUAAAUACGUUAAUGAUUCAUAUAAUAGCCAUACAGCCAAGAUGAAAUUAAAUAUUUUUUGUCCUAGGUUCAAUCGCUUCAAGAUUUACACUACUCUCUGGAAAUCCUUGUUUAAGCAACUAGACAACGAGAACAUUUCUAAGGUCACCCUUGCUCCCUCUGGGCUCAGAUGUUAUUUACUGUCUAGUGAAUCAGACAGGUUCAUCCGUCCAGACUAGAAAAAAAGAUACACAAGCACCAUGCAGAAAGAAAUCGUCUGAAAAUAAUUUAUUUAGGUAGUCAACCACACAGACACUGAGCACUUGAUUUCUCAGAAUGAUUAUCUCAGUAUGGUGUUGCUAUGGGACUGUGUACACAAGAAAUGCAUAUAUUAAGAACUAUAAUUAUUUGUCUUUCAUAACCUAGCUGCGAUGCCACAUUGCUUCUGUUAGGGCUGCUGUAGCUGUUAGAGGACUGUCAUUUGUGCUUAAAGACAUCUGGACACAAAACUAUCUGUGUCACAGAAAAACAUCUUUCAAUUCUUGGAGAUUGCUAUGUCGUGCUCUCCUGUCAAGAUAUGUCAUACAUGUUCUUCACCAGGGAGGGGCUAUGGAAUGAAAGUAAAAUAGCUUGGACAAGACACAUACUCUCUAUCAGAAAUGGCAAUAUUAAAAUGGGUCGACACGACGGAGGGCGGAAACCGGAAGUCGGCCAUCUUGGGUAAAGUGCAUAACUGCAAGUACUCUAAACAACUCCACUGCGAUCAGAUACGGGUCAGGCAGAGAUUGGAUAAACCAUGGCAACGGGCUGAUUGCAGGGAGGAGUUUGGUGGUACAAAGGGACUGUAGUUGCGUGAGUACGGUCCCUUGCGCUGAAACGUGACAGACGGUCGGAUCCUUGCUUACUUUGUUUUGUUUGCUACGUGUUUCGCUGGUAGAGGGGUGGCUCUUUUUGUUAUUGUUUAAAUAAAUACAGACGUUUUGGGGAGAAAUACUGCUUGGACCUUGUAUCGGGUCCCACACCACAUGCACCUGAAGACACGUAUACAUAUGCAAUUUCUUUCAAACAGUGUAAAAGUAGAAACAAUGGAAUUCAGCUCUGUAGGCAUCCUAUCUACAGCUGUAAUAUUGUAAUUCUUACCAUAAAUUGCCAUUUGGUCCUGUUUGGUCUUUUACAGCUCCGAAAUGUAGAGUAUAAACAAAAAGCCUGAUUAAUCUGUAUUUUUCAUGUAUGCAUCCUUUCCCUGUAUCGUCUUAGUUAAAGCUGAUGUUAUGUUCCUUCACUUAAUUAUCCAUUUCCCAAGGUCUGGCAGUGCUGAUAAAUGUUGUCUGUUCUGGCCCAGGUUAAUUACAGGUCCUUAGAGAUGGAAAAGCUGAGCAUUUCACUGGAAAUGGAAUUCCUCUAGGGGUAAACCACCAAAGGCAGAUGCAUGUAAACAAAAACAUUGUAACUUAAUACAACACAAAUAAUCCUGCACUCAUUUACUGUACACAUAUGAAAUAUAUAGUGCGCU